CUAUGAUCAUCUCACUUUUAUGUUAAAUUGAAGUGGUCUCAAAACUACUGCCAGCCAACUACUCCCAUCAUGUUAGCGUUAACACCACCUAGUUGGCUUUCCAACAAUGGAUCAUCAUCUUACUUCGACCAAUAUUCCAUAAGGCAAGAUCACCAGAACUAUGUCCACAGAGACAACGAUACAUUAGAGUCUGCUCUUCAUUUCCUUUCCUACGAGACCGUACAAGUCGGUCUUGAUGACCCAGCAACAGUUAGUGGUGACCCAAAAAUGGUUAAGAAGUUUAACCACAAUGCUAGUGAGCGUGAUCGGCGCAAGAAGAUGAACGGUUUGUACUCCUCUCUCCGUUCGCUGCUUCCAGAGGCAGAUCAGAUGAAGAAACUAAGCAUUCCGACCACGGUUUCGCGGGUGCUAAAAUACAUACCAGAGCUACAGAAGCAAGUGGUGGGACUGAUUCAAAACAAGGAAGAGCUUUUAUCAAUGAUUUCUAGUCAAGCAGACAUUGAAACUCAACAUCAACAGAUCAACCAACCUAAAACUAUUGCUCGGAGUUCUUUGUCUACUGUUUCAGCAAGUCGACUUAAUGAUACGGAAGUUAUGAUACAAAUAUCCACUAGUAAGAUCAAUGAUACUCCAUUAUCUGAGAUCCUUCUCAGUUUAGAGGAGGUUGGAGUUCUACUACUAAAUGUGUCAUCCUUUGAGUCCUUUGGAGGGAGGGUCUUUUAUGGUCUUCAUCUUCAGGGAGAAAGAAAUCAAAGAUUGGAGUGCGAGAUUCUGAGUGAGAAACUCAUGUCCCUGUAUGAUAAGAGAGAAGCUCCAUUUCCCUGAAACCGCUGAAGUGCUAAGUAGUAAUGUGAUUCGAUGUAUUAGUGCUCUAGAUAUUUUAACCAGACAACUGGCCGUGCAUAGAAGCAAGCUGUGAAGGAGUGCACCUGUGCAGAAACAUUAACCGAUCGAUAAACAAAUUAUAGGCCGGAAACUUGGCAUGCAUGCAUGGCCUAUUUUUCUAAAACGCAGUAUCUCUUCCCUUCGAAAGGAAAGAUUUGUGGUGUGGUUGUAUGUAAUCCUAUAGUUGCCAAUGAUCGAUCAAACAGGUUGAGCUGGGCCUGGCAUAAGCAUUGAAUCAUGAUGACUAGCUUUGCCAUUCUAAAUACAGGAAUUUUAACAUAGAAAUGCUUUAGUCACAGGGAUUUCAUAAGAGUAAACCAUAAACGGAUGUAUUUUGAUGUAAUACGUUAAAUUUCAAAAUGAUUUAUAUUGUAAAGUAGAUUUAUUUUUAUUGUAAAGUUACAUUAAUCAAGUCAGCUAAUUAUGAUAU